AUGUAUUUCGAGGAAAUAUUAGUAGAAGAAAACAUGUUCUUUAAGAGUUUUGAAUACUUCAAUACAAAAAACCAGUAUGGUAAUAUAGUUUACACACCCUUCGAUACUAUACACUCUAGGAAUGGCAUGGCCACUAUAAAAGCCAACUAUGGAGUUAGUAGUGGAAUGUAUCAAUACGAAGUCCAACUCUGUACAAAUGGUAUUAUACACAUAGGAUGGGCUACUCAAGCUUGUGUGUUCACUGAUUCUACUGGAGUGGGCGAAACAUUGAAUUCUUAUGGUUUUGACGGUUAUCGGACGGAGAAGUGGAAUAAUUCGGUAAACUCUCAAUACGGGACGAAGUGGAGAGUUGGAAAUAUAAUUGGUUGUGUAAUUGAUUUUACAGACAAAACUAUUGAGUACUUCAACAACGGCCAAUCAUUAGGCAAAGCAUUCGAAGAUAUGAAUAUUGAUAGUUUGUCUUUUUAUCCUGCUAUAAGUCUUAAUAGCGAAGAGACCGUAUCAGUUAAUUUGGGUAAAAGACCCUUUAAGUUUAUAGUUGAUGGAGCAAGGUCAAUAAUUGACUCGCCGACAGUAAAAGAUGCACGGAAGCGAAAUAACCAAAUUAUUGUUAGAGAUACCUUAAAAACAAUACUGCUUCGACAGCUUGGUACUUUGGCGUCAGUACCAUAUUUAACUGAUGUUUGUCUGAUGGAAUUCAUAGAAGCAUUAUACAAAAGAAAACCUAAAGACAUUUUAGUUUUUUUAGAAAUGAUGUGGACGUACAUCGAAGAGAAUAACAUGGAUUUAAUUAUGCAGAAUAUUUCAUUUUUUUUACUAACUGAAUUUAAAUGUAUUUGGAGAAAUGGGUUUGAUACGUCACACCAAAUAAUGGUGAUUAAACUUUUGAUAGAAUUUUGCCAAGAAACAAAAACCAGAAGACAUUUGAUUAAAAAAAUUCUGUUUGAUAAAGUUCGAGUCUCGUAUUUUUUACAUAUUAUAGCACCUUCUGAUGAAAUAUUUCAACUAAUUGUUCCGGAUGCAUAUUGGAGUUUAGAACAUGUAGAAUUAGCUGAUGACAAUUUAAAAUCUAGAUUAAUGUCUACUUUGUCAAAUGGAAAUAGGAAACAUUCAAAAUCAUCAUAUAAAAAUGCAUGUGCUAGAAUUCAGGAAGCAGUCAACAGCAUAGAAACACAGCAGAUAGCAUUUUUAGAAAAAUUGUUAAAUGACAACGACCAAACUGAAACGGAAGUUAGCUCUAGAGUUCUUUUUUCCAGAAGGUUACAUGGUUUCAUUCAAGAAAAUAUGAUUUAUUGGAGAAGCGAUCCAAUGUUCAGACUUCCUGGACCUGUUUUACUGAGCACGUUUUUCCGUUUGGCAUUUGUGUUGCAACGACUUUGGAAACAAGAGUUAAUGGAAUAUAAACUUGUUCAAAUAUAUCCAAAUAUAUUUUAUGUAGAUAGUUUUAAUUAUUAUGGAAUAGAAAGAAUCGGAGGGACAUUUUCUUAUUUAAAAAAUAAGUACAAAAAUGAAAUAGAUUUAAAACUGCGAGGAACAUCUGGAACAACGGAUGGGCCAGUCUCUGAAUCAAAUGACAGUGUUUCUUCUAAUGAAGAAGUAAUAGAAAUUGAUUCAGCUGCCGGUUUCAUGGCUGUCUUAACAAGAUUCAUUACAGAGGCCCAGGAAAGGAGUGCAAACGUCAACAUGAAUUCUUCAGCUAUCUUAAGAGGAAUGCUGUCGUCCCACAGUAAUUUGCCAACCGAUAAGAGAAGUGUACUUUCAGAAAUGCUUAACAAUGUUGUUUGUUUAUAUAACAUAGCAGGCCAUAAACAGUUGAUUGAAUAUGUCUCCUUUAAAGAACGUUUGAUUGAUCUCACAAUUGAGCACGCGCUGAUAAAUUAUGAAAUAAAAACGUCUACUGAAAACAGAGAAAACAACGAACGGCUUCUUACGAAAAUCUACAAUCAGGCUACCAUUACUUCUCGACACAUGGCCUGGUUAAUGAGCAUGAUAUUUGUGGAGCCAAAAGAGCAAAUUUUAUGUUGGAUUCUUAUGGUGGUUGCUAACACAAUAAAAAACUGUUCUGAAUUCGAAGAGGAAUUAUUUAGAUUUGUUCCCGAGUUCUAUCCAGAUUGCUUAAUAGGUCUGACCGUUACUUUACCAGACUACUCAAAUGAAAUUCAACAAUAUGAGAGCAUUGUUACCGAUAAAAGAGGGUUAGCUUUAUUAAUUAGUGAAAUUCUUCUCCAACACUUCGAAGAUGUUAGAAUAGCUAAUCCUAAAACAAAGGAAUGUAUCUUACAAGGUAUUACUUUGUAUUUGACCGAUCCUCAGUCCGUGGAAGUCUUAGAGACAGCAUCAGAGUCAAGUCGAAUGCAUGCAAUUCAAUCAAUUUUCAAACCACAAGACCAAAAAACAUGGACUAAAACAAAUAUAGUAUUAAUGAUGAUUUGGUUUGGAUCUGGUUAUGGGUUUCGUCAUACUAUACCUCCACACUUAAACAAUCGAAAAAUACCCUAUCAAGACACAAUGGAAGAUAUAUUGUUUAUUAACAUGGGGAAAGAACGACCGCCAGCGUAUGUGCUGCAAAAUAAUAUUAAAUCAAUAAUUGCCCAGGAUAAACCUUCAGCGGUUAUAUUUUUAAAUAACUCGCUUAAUCACUUGAAUUGGGCAUUUUCAGAGUUUAUAAGUGUUUUUCAAGAAAUCAAAGACAUGGAUUUAGAAAAUAAAACAUCUAUUACUUCGGAUACAAUCAAUAAGCUGAGGAUGUGUUCAACCUGCUUUGCUCUCUCUGUGACUCUACUUAGAGUUAUUGAAAUGUUAGUAGUAUUUGAUCGCAACCUUAUAACAGAUCAAGAGGGUUCUUUGGAAAGAAUUACUCAGCUCAUAUGCCAAAUACUUAACCGUGUCAAUACUUCGACUAACACUUUUCAACUUGUUAGUUCGUUAAUACUACCUUAUACAGAAUCUAUACAUAAAUUUGCAAUACUCGUAGCCAUUACUGGUGUAUUAUUAGCAAUGUUACAAAACGAAAUAGACUCACAAGAAAAAAGUUUUGAUGAAAGUUCGAAAAUUGCCGAAGAUCUGCCUAUUACAAAAGUUAUAAUUUCGGAUCCAAAUUUUGCAGUAUCGUCCUUGGAGUUUAUUGUUUUGCCACAAACUGAUAGCGAAGAACCGUUUGCUUUGAAUUCGUAUACAUCCUAUUUGACUAGCGAAGAACUAUCUAACGCAACUAAUAUGCAUAAACACUUAGUUUGGUAUAUGAAACGGCGCAGAUCGCUAACAUCUGGAAUAAACGAAGAUGACUUAUGUCUUUUAUGUUAUUCGGCUAAAAAGAAUAUAAUUAUAAUGCCGUGCAAACACCAAUGUUGCAAAUUGUGCAUAAAUCAUCAUCUUCUUUAUUCCCGAGUGUGCUUCUAUUGUAAAGGGCGUAUUGAACUAGUCGUAGACAGUGAUGAUCCAACCAUCGUGUUACAUGAUUUCAGUAAAGAUUUUCCAUCUGUAUGA